AUGGUCAUCCGUCAGACCUCAUUCCAGUCCAUCUUCGGCGGCGGAUCUGAGAGCGCGGACGAGUGUGAAGCGGACGCCGACUCUACCCAGCAUGGGCCCCACACCUACGCCGGUGCAACGUCGACUCCCGCAAAGCUUGCGGACGAAAAUGUCGCCCCGUUUCUGGCGCGACACAUCCCCGAACAAUACGCCCCUUUAGGCUCGCGAAUCGUCCAACCCGUCGAGAUCAGCAGCGCCAACUCCAAGUACUGCUAUCGCCACCGACCCGAUCUCAAGUGCCGACGCCAAGCGGACGAACCCUCAAUGGAUAAGUUGCAGCGAGAGCUCGAAACCCUCCCCCAGAGCGACCAGCAGGGCAUCGCCCAUGUCUGGUCGCUGUUCUCGGCCGCGCCGGCCAAGCACCGAAAACUGAUUUUGCAGGGCAUCAUGUCUCAAUGCUGCUUCCCCCAACUGUCCUUCGUAUCCGCCACCGUGCGGGAUCUGAUUCGAAUUGACUUUCUCACCGCUCUCCCCCCCGAAGUCUCUUUCAAGAUCCUGUGCUACCUCGACACCACCUCGCUCUGCAAAGCCGCCCAGGUGUCGCGACGCUGGCGGGCUCUCGCCGAUGACGACGUGGUCUGGCAUCGCAUGUGCGAGCAGCACAUCCACCGCAAAUGCAAGAAGUGUGGCUGGGGUCUCCCCCUGCUGGACCGCAAGCGUUUGCGGGAAUCUAAGCGUGAGAUCGAAUUACGUGCGACCACCUGGGAUAUCAACAGCCGCUCUGCGAGCCUGGCUCCCUCCGAGGAUGCCAGCAGCCAGUGCACCGUCACCGAGGAGUCGGGCUCGACCAAGCGAAAAAUCGAGUCGAGCGACGACGAAGACGACACGGCGGCCAAGCGGCAAUGUUCGUCGCUGGUGACCCGAUCCGGCAACGACGAGGACUACUUCAAGACCCGAUACCGACCGUGGAAGGAGGUGUACAAGGAUCGGUUCAAGGUGGGCACGAACUGGAAGUACGGACGAUGCUCGAUCAGAACCUUCAAAGGCCACACCAACGGCGUCAUGUGCUUGCAGUUCGAGGACAAUAUCCUGGCGACCGGAUCCUACGACGCUACCAUCAAAAUCUGGGAUACCGAGACUGGGGAGGAGCUGCGCACGCUGUACGGCCACGAAUCCGGGAUCCGGUGUCUGCAGUUCGACGAUACGAAAUUGAUCAGCGGCAGUAUGGACCGCAGUUUGAAGAUCUGGAACUGGCGCACCGGCGAAUGUAUCUCGACCUAUACCGGCCACCGCGGCGGUGUCAUUGGCCUGCACUUUGAUUCUACAAUUCUCGCGUCUGCCUCCGUCGACAAGACGGUGAAAAUCUGGAACUUCGAAGACAAGUCCACGUGCCUGUUGCGUGGACACACCGAUUGGGUCAAUGCCGUCCGAGUCGACACUACCUCGCGGACUGUGUUCUCGGCCUCGGACGACUGCACCGUGCGACUGUGGGACCUGGACACCAAAACGUGUAUUAGAACCUUCCACGGCCACGUGGGCCAAGUCCAGCAGGUGGUCCCGCUCCCCCGAGAGUUCGAAUUUGAGGAUCACGACGCCGAAUGCGAGAACGACAAUCUCAGCACCGUGUCGGGCGAUACCGAGCCUGCGUCCCUCCAGGCUACUCUGGGCCUGGAGUCGAACACCAACAACUUCCAGUCCUCUCCCUUCGGGCCUUCGUUUGACAACGGACGUCCCACGCCGCCUCGCUACAUGGUCACCAGUGCCCUGGAUUCCACCAUCCGGCUGUGGGAGACCACCACGGGCCGCUGCCUGCGCACCUUCUUUGGCCACCUGGAGGGCGUGUGGGCCCUGGGUGCCGACACUCUCCGCAUCGUCUCCGGGGCCGAGGACCGCAUGGUGAAGAUCUGGGACCCGAGAACGGGCAAAUGCGAGCGCACAUUUACUGGCCAUUCCGGACCCGUUACCUGCAUCGGCCUGGGUGAUAGCCGUUUCGCGACCGGAAGCGAGGACUGCGAAGUCCGUAUGUACAGUUUCCAAAGCUAA